UGCGGUUUAAAGUAACAGAAAAGAACGGGACAAGGUGGGUUAAGAAGGAAGGAACAAAGGACAGUUUAUAAACGAUCUUCUCAAUAAUAGUUUGUUUGUUGUGUUCGAUAGUUCGUAUUGUGGAGUUUGUUACUAAAAGUGAAAUAUUUUUUAUAAGUUGAUUAAGUUUAUCAUAAAAUAAUAAUAAACGAUGGAUGCAACUGAUAUAUUACACGUUGAAAUCUUACAAAAAUCUGAGAGCGCAUUGUCAGAAGAGGAAAUACGAGCAAUGGUACAUAACAAAAUUAUCGAAUUGGAGGAAGUAUCGUUAGAUGUAGAAUUACCAGAUAUUUUAUUUACUCAUGCUAAAGAUCAUAUUGAAUCUGUAUUAUGCGCCUGUAAUCAUGAAAAAACUCGUAUGAAAAUUGCUGGAGUCAAUUUACAAUAUCACAUAUAUAGAAUGACAGAAACUGAAUCAGCAAUGUCAAUGAUAGAAAAUGGUAAUGAAGAAUUACCAGCAGCAAAUCAAUGGCUUUUACCUUCCAAAGAAUUUCAUUAUUUGUGGGAAAAUAUGUAUUAUGAUUCUGAUAUAAAACAAAAUUUAUUAAAUUUUGUGGAAACAGCAGUAAUAUUUUCUGAUAAUAAAAUAAAUCCUAAUAUUAUAUCAUGGAACAAAGUAGUAUUAUUACAUGGACCUCCAGGUAGUGGAAAGACCAGCUUGUGUAAGGCACUAGCUCAAAAAAUUGCAAUUCGUUUUGUGCAUCGAUUUACAUUUGUGCAUUUAAUAGAAAUAAAUAGUCAUAGCUUAUUUUCAAAAUGGUUUUCUGAGAGUGGAAAAUUGGUAAUGAAAUUAUUCGAAGAACUUAAAACUCUUCACAAUGAUUCUAAUCGAUUAGUUUGUAUUUUAAUUGACGAAGUAGAAUCAUUGGCACAUGUUCGUAAAUCCUGCGUUAAUGGAACUGAACCUACAGAUUCCAUACGUGUAGUAAAUGCUUUGCUUACUCAAUUGGAUCAAAUGAAACAUUAUCCAAAUGUUUUAAUUCUUACAACGAGUAAUAUGACCGAAGCCAUUGACUUAGCAUUUGUAGACCGUGCAGAUAUAAAACAAUAUAUCGGCCAUCCUACGGAAGAUUCUAUAUAUAAAAUAUAUAGUGCCUGUAUAAAAGAAUUAAUGAGGACUGGAUUGAUAGAGCAAGAACAAUUAUUUAAUCUUGCUUAUCUCAAAACUCAUGGUUACGAAGAAACUUAUGAGACAAAACGCUGUUUAAUGCUGCUGGAAAUCAGUAAACAAAGUUUUGGACUGAGUGGACGUACAUUAAAAAAGAUACCAUUUUUAGCAAAAGCUCUUUUUAUACAUUCAAAAAAAUCUACAUUGGCACAAUUUUUAAGAGCAAUGCAUUAUGCCAUCGAAAAGCAGAAAGAUGACGUGUUGGAACAAUAAAAAAAGAAGAAAACAAU